AUGUAUACCCCUAUCCAAGUUGCUGUUCGAAUUAAUUCGUCUCAGAAAACAGAAAAUUUGGAUUCGAUACCUGUGAAUCCUAUAGUGAAUGAUGCUGGUGGUCAAUAUAUCCAAGCUGGUGCAGAAAUUUUUCCAGUUUCUUUAUCGUGCCCUCAUGACAUAUCUCAAUCACAUUUGUAUACUAGUAUUAUACAACCAAAUAUAUCAGUGGUACUUGAAGGAUAUGAUGCAUCUGUCAUAACUUAUGGACAGACUGGAACUGGAAAGACUUAUACUAUUUUUGGUCCUGGUAUACAUUGCGCUUUCAGUGAAACAGAACAUGGGAUAAUUCCCAGGACUUUACGAGACAUAUUCUCAAGGUUGGGUAAUAUGCCAGAAAGAAGUUAUGUAAUGCACAUAAGUUGGUUUCAAAUAUUUAACAAUGAAAUCAAAGAUCUUUUUAAUGAUAUUUCUUGUAACGUUCAAAUUAAUACAGUAUCCGAAGCCUUUUAUUGGUUACAACAAGGCCUUACAAAUUUAUGUAUAAAUAAUGUGAAAUGUCAUUCACUGUUUACAAUAUGCUUAGAACAGCAAUGGAUUAACACUGAAGGUUUAAUUCAGCAUCGGCUGUCAACUAUGAGUUUUUGUGAUUUAGCGGGUACACAAAGAUCUCUUACAACUAAUGAAAUUGGAGAGCAAUUUUAUAUUCCAUUAGACAAUGAUUUGCAAAAUUUUGAAAACAUCAUAAAAAUUUUAUCGAAUCCUAACAUUUAUAAAUACCCAAACUAUCAUAACAUUGUCCCUUAUAGUCAGUCAAUCCUGACAACAUUAUUAAUGGAUAGUUUGGGUGGCCGCGCUAAAACUGUUUUGAUUUGUUGUGUAUCUCCCUUGCCAAGCGAUUUACUAGAAACUAUAGAAAAUUUAAGACUGGUAUCUAGUGCUCGUAAUAUUAAAAAUCAAGUUAUCAUGAAUACGUUCUCAGAUAACAACACUCAAGCAGGAAAUCAAGUAAGGGAAACAAAAAAUACAGUGGAUAUGUUUGGUUUACAAUUUGCAUCGAGUCAGUGGUUGAAGUUAGUUUCAAAUGCUGAAGGACUCUUCAACCGAUUAAUAUCAAAUAAAAUGCUAUCUGAACGGGAUGCAGAACAGAUUGAAGAGUGGUUAUUUCUUAAACAAGAAUGCGAUGAUUGUCUAAGCAGUGGAGAAAAUAUAACAAAACAAUUGGGAUCUAUACAAGAAGAGACUCCUCAAGAUUACUCAGAUUCUGUUAGUGAUUGUGCAGAGGCUCCUGAAAAUAGUAAAGAAUUUAAUGGUAAUGAAUCUCAUGUAUACCCCACUGAAGAUGAAGUUGAAGUUUUGCAAAAUAUGACAGAUACUGAAGGCAUAGAUCAUAGUGAUUCUGAUUCACAUAAGGCAUUGGAAGUAUUCACUGACAUAGAAAAUAUUAUGAAACUAUUCAGAGAGAUGACUGUACAUUUAACGAAAGAUAAAUUUGAAAACUUUAUCUUAUCACUGCCAAAAAGUACAAUAAAUAGUACAAAUGAUGUUGAAAUUUUUGAUACCAUGAAUAAGCCAUCACACGACACCUCUUCCAAAUCAUCAUUUUUCUCCACAUUAUUAAAAGAUAUGGGCAAAAGCUUUACAAAAGCUUCUGUUAAUUCAGAACCGGUUUAUAUGAAAGCAAGACGAAAAAGUGUUCAUCCAGGACAGCUCUUAAAUAGUGUUGAACUUCAAUUACUACAAAGAGCUGCAAGCAGUGGAUCAGCUGCUUUGCCCCCUACUAAUGAGAAGGAUUUAAAAGAACUUUCUAGAAAUGAUAUUGACGUUUUAAAAAUUAAGUAUAACAAUGCAGAACUAGAAUUAGAGUCAAUUCAUAAGCAAAUUGAUUCAGUAAAAGAGACAAUUUGUUUAAAAGCUCAACUAUUAAAAGAACUUGCCCAAAAUAAUGAGGCAAGACUACAAGCUAAACAAAAAUUCACCAAAAAGAAAUCAAAAUUAGAACAUGAACUAAUUAAUGCUAAAAAACAUUUAGUGCAAGCCUCUAACAUUGCAAUGAAUUGUAAUAGUGCAGAAGCAAAUGCAGAAGUUGAAAAGUGGAAAAUAGUAACAGAGCAUUACGAACAAAGGCUCAAGGACAUAUUUCAGAUUUCAGGUUUUACUAAGAAUAGUGAAGCAGAAUCAAAUAAACUUGAAAAUAGUCUUUAUAAAUUAAAUAAGCAAUUAGUAUCUUUAAAUGAUCAAAGUAAAAAAGUGCAAAAAGCAAAAAUUAGUUUUGAGAAGGAACUUAAAAUGAAGAAGAAAAAUUUACAAGUGAAGAAACCGGAGAAACGGAGUUUGAAGGAUGUUACCAGUAGAAUAUCACAUCUUGAUCAGGUAUUAAAGCAAAAAUCACAGCAUUUACUACAUGCAGCUGAUACUGCAGAGCAACAGUCUGUUCGGACUGAAAUAAGAAAUUUACGUAAAACCAGGGAUCAUUUGCAAGAGCAGCGUACAAAGUUGAAGAAUUUAAGAAGUCUAGACUUGUCUCAGCAAAGACGUUUGUUAGAAUGUGAUGAAGCCAUUGAAGCUAUUGAUACGGCUAUUGAAGUUAAAAAUGAGAGGAUAUGUGGCAAAGCCAGUAUUCUCGAUAUUAGUUCUAAGAGGAGAGAUGAAGGAGAGCGAAUGCUUAUGGCUAGACUCAAUAAAUUAACUUUAACUGAAACUAGGACAUUGUUGUAUAAAUAUUUUCAAAAGGUAAUAGAUUUAAAAGAUAGUGGUCAUAGACUUGAAAAACAAGUAUUAAAGUUAGAAGCACAACAAGAGGCAUGGGAACACACUUUAAAUGAUGCAGUUCGAGAAGCAAUUUUGAAAGGAGAAAGGAAUGCUGUUUACUUACAGCAUCAACAUCAGCAGAAAUUGAAUUUGAUUUUCCGACAUUUGGCAGAUGAAACUAAUACUAGUUCUAAUACAGAAAGAGAUAGAUUUUUUGCAAGAGACCACCUACCACUAGAUUUAGAGAGUUAUGCUGCGGGAUCUAGUAGAAAUAAAAUUAAACCUUAUUAUAAUGACCUAGAUAUAUAUGCGGAAGAAAGACAAUAUAAGCAUCAUGAAAAGAAAGUUAAAGAACCCAAAAAUAAAUUAUUGGCAAAACUAGUAAAUUAUAGUGAUAGGAAGAGUUCUAGAGAAAAUCAGAUAAUACCAACACAAAAUUUGAAACAGCUUCAGACAUCACCUGGCCCUACAACAAAAGUCACCAGACAGAAAAAUAAACUUAUAAUCCAACAAAAUACUAGAAAAUGA